UAACAUUUGUCAAAUAGCGAAUUCUCAUUAAAAAAAACUAAUCCGGGAUCCCUAUCCCGGUCAAAAUUUCAGAAAAUUAGCUAAGAACUUAAUUCCACAGUGUUUCCUAUUUUCCGGAUUUACCUUUAGGUAUCUAAAUGCUAUUUCGGCUUAUAAGUAGUGCUUUGUCGCUGCGUAAAGCUGAAAUUUCGGGAAAAGGCGUGAUGUAUUCACCUAAGAAACCAUGUAGCAACUACAGGUUGCGGUAUUUAACGCAGAAAGAAGCGAUCGCUUUGGAUGAGGACUUGUUCAAUGAGUAUAAGUUCAGUGUUGACCAGCUGAUGGAGCUGGCGGGGCUUAGUGUCGCUACCGCUGUUUCACGCUGUUAUCCAGCAGCUACGCACCCAUCAGCUUUAAUCAUAUGUGGACCCGGAAACAAUGGAGGGGAUGGCCUAGUUGCAGCUCGGCACAUGGCUUUAUUUGGAUACGAAGUCACUAUUCACUACCCCAAACGCACACCAAAGCCGCUCUAUGAAAAUCUUUUAUCCCAAUGUGUGUCAUUUGGUGUCAAUAUCAUAGACAAGCUUCCUCCCGCAGAGACCUUGUCUAAUGAGUACCAAGUUAUGGUUGAUGCUCUCUUUGGAUUCAGUUUCAAGCCACCAGUGAGGGAUGAGUUGUCACCUUCUAUGAAUGCCCUAAUUAAUGCCAGUAUACCAGUUUGCAGUGUGGACAUUCCCAGUGGGUGGCAUGUUGAAAAUGGUCCAGGGUUAGGAAAGGUUCUCAGACCUGCCCUCCUCAUAUCACUGUCAGCACCAAAGCUAUGUGCCCAAACAGAGUACAUACUUGACGCAAAGCAUUUCCUUGGUGGAAGGUUCUUGCCUCCAGGCAUACUGAAGAAAUAUUUCCUAAGGCUACCCCCCUACCCUUGUGAGGAUCAAGUGGUCCAGUUGUCUUGUUAAUUUAUUGGAUGGCAUCAUGGUGACAUUUAUAGUCUAUAAGAUUUUAGAAAUUCUUGUUUUGAAUUUUGUUAUAAAUAUACAUUAUUGGGUUUGUU